AUGGCCGACCAAACCCCCAAUUCUGCGCCCCAGAGGCCUCGCACAGGCUUCGUGAUGAACUCCAUGGUCGUGAUGACCGUAACCAGUGUUUCAUCGGCGGUUCUCUCCUCCCUUCUUGGAAUCGAUUCGCCCAACGCCAGAACAUUUGUCUCUGUUCAAACAGACGGCAAUAUUGCGUUUGAGACCAACUUGCGUCAUCAGCCCUUGCCUGCUGGGGUGCCAACCCCCAGCACCGUUUUUGAUUUCAAUACGGUCCUCGUAAGUGAUCUCCAAGCUUCGAGUGAUGCUCGUCGCGCGGUGGCAUUGGCUAGAGAGCAAAGUCGGGCCGCGGCUGCUGCUCGCGCUGAGACACCCGCUACGGAACAAAAUCCGGGCCCGGCUCCCCAGGCUGAGCCGGAAGUUGAUCAGACCGAUGCGUCCGGCGUCUGA